GCGGGGCCCAGACACUGGGUAGAGACGCCCCCGCCCUGUGUCCCUGGGUCAGCCCCGCAGGCCCCGUCCAACCGCACCCGCCUCUGUCCCCCAACGAGCAGACCCUCCUGGGGCCCAGGAGGCGAGAAAUGUCCCCCCCGGGGGUCGCCUCCCCGUUUGGAAACAGACUGUCCUCUGUCCGUUCUGCCCCCGCCCCUGUGCACAGGCAGGUGCCCUGAGCGCCACAUUAAAUAGGAAGCCAUUCCGGGGGCCGAGCAAGAUGCCCGUGAUCAGGGGAAGCAGGGAACCCGACGUCCCAACACCCAUCCCUCACGGGGACAUUUCCCCAGUGUUUUGUGUUUUGUUUUGUUAGAGAGAGAAGGGGGUGGGGGGAGAGACAAAGGGAAACACGCGGAUUGGCUGCCUCCUGUGCCCACCCGACCUGGGCCUGGGGAACCUGCAACCAAGGUCCAUGCCCUGGACCCACGACCCUCCAGUCCCGCGCUGAUGCUCUGCCCGCCCAGGGCACAGGCCCGGCUGAAGCGGCCAUUUCUCUGUGAGUCUGUGCUGAGCAGCUGUGGGCUGUUGGAAGCCUCGACCUGGUGAUUCUGAAAAGGAGCCAGAAGAGCCCAGAUGAAAAGCCCUGCUUCCUCUCCCUGAGCUGUGACCCCAGUGGAGGUGAAGGAAUCGUUUCUGUUGGCAUUUUAAGUUCAGCAAGAAAUAUGGAAGUGUACUUAGGAGAGGAGUACUGUGGCACCAGUAGGGGCAGGAGUGUUGGUAAUGUGCUGGAUACCAGUGAACAUGAAAAGAUUAUUUUGUACAAAAAAUGUCUAAAAUUGGAGUCCGCUGCACAAGCUUGUAAAAUAAAGUUGCUCUCCUUUGGUGAAAAGCCGUGUGUGUUCGUCAGUAAAGUUGUGGUGCACGUGCGACCCGUCCCAGCAAAGUCUCCCACAAGCUCUCCUGCUCUGGGGACCAGGGUGGACCUGGAGAGGGUCCACGCCAUGGUGGAGGCCAUGGGGUCCACGCUGUCCCCUGGAGCUCAGCAGCUGAUGAGUAUGGUCAGAUUCCAGCAGCAGCCCUAUUCCCUGUUCCCUCAGCGCUGCCUUCCCCUGGGGGAGCAGCUGCAGGCGGUUCUGGGGAGCGCUGCCUCCAGGCGGGUGCUGGGCCUGUGGGCCUCGGCGCCCUCGGGAACCUGCGACCGGCCGACCUGCGCACCUGUGCCUCUCAGAGCCGGGCUGACUUCGGGACGCGGGACAGAAGACGUGACAGCUCCCGGGGAUGAGAGCGCACGGCCCCCCGGGGGAGGGAACCCCGCACCCCUCGGAGAGUGGGACAUUGCGCCCCAGAGCCAUCCUCUCCCCGGGAGGGACCUUCAGCUCGCCACGGCGUCUUCCUUACCAAAGAGGGCGAGUGACAGCCCCGCGGCCCCUGCCCCCGAGCUGCUGCCCCUCCUCCAGGACGUGUGCGGGCAGGUGCGCCGGCUCCGUGGGGCUCAGAGUGCCGCGUGGCCGGGACACGGCCCCACGCCCAGCGAAGGCGGCCUUGGUGGUGGGAUGGGAGAGCCGCCCGCCUGCUCCUACUUGGAAAAGAUUCUGUCCAAGAACCUGGAGCUGAUGGAGAGGAGGCUGACGGACUACCUGGACGAGCGUCUGCGGGCCCUGCAGGAGCACGUGGAUGGCCAGGUGGCGCUGCUGGCCCACCUGCUGCAGACACACCUGCUGCAGAGCCCCGGCUCCCCGCCCCCGCCCCCGGGGAUGCCGCUCACGCGCUGUGACUCUGGGGACAGACUCUCCAACGGAGAGAGAUAGGCGCUCCCGUGCGCCGUGCAUGCAGAUAUUUAUUACCUAUUUAUUACAACGCGACCCAAAGCUCCGAGCCAGUGUCGAUGUCAUUGGAGGAUCAGCAUCCUACUUGCAUCAAGUGACCUCAGCGUUCAUUCCCUGUGCUUGUGACGUGACCCCCGUGACGUGACCCCCGGGCUGCAUGAGAGUGGAUGGCCUUCCUUGUGCUUGUGACGUGACCCCGUGCCCGAGUGUGAGCGUGAUCGGGUCAGGAGUUAUUUUUGUUCGCAGAGUUAUUCACUCUUACAGAGAUUUGUGUCCCUCGAUGUUGUUUUAAGUGUUUAAAAUUUUUAAGGCUCUCCCAUGAGGUGUGUUUGAUAGAAGUGUAUUUUUUAUCUAUGAAAGACCUUAUUUCCUCAUCUUAGGAGGGAGAGAAAUAGUGCACUGAGGAUUUGGUAGUUGUUUUUCUCUUUGGUUAUCUGUAAGUCGGAACCUCUGCGCUCACGGACUUGCACUGGCGCUGCUCCCAGAGAACAGGCGCAGGUCGGCCCUCUGUGCCGCCGGGGCGGUGGCGCUGGCGCUGGCUUCCUGUGUCGUGGUGACGGAAGGAAGGCCCGUGCCCCCUCCGUGGGGGUUCGUUGCUGGAGAUUUGUGUUGGACGGGACGCGAGGGCGGUUACCUUGUUUUAUCUCCAUCCACCGGGAAGCACGGGACCCCUUGCCGCGCUGAUGCCCGUCCCCAGCGCCUGUGCUGGGUGUGAGCGCCGGGCGCACCCUGAGGGCGGCGUGGGCGAGGAGAUGGCUGUGCUCGCUGCCGGCUUUGUCGUCAGGAAGUGUAACCAUUGCAUGUGCUGAAGGGGAUGUAUUUGCAUCUAAAAAUAAACGCGUCCAUUUUGGAAACCAC